GACUUCGGCCUCUUUCGGGUUGCCUCGGCCGUGAUGUCACCGCGCUGUCGGGUAUUAUAGAGGUCCGCUUGACACAGCGGCUCCAUUCGGUGGCGUGUCGUCCCCUUUCGUUCCGUUUCCUCCAGGCAAAAUUAACACAAACUUUGAAGAGAAGAAAAUGGACACCGGUGGGGUCAAGGUGCUGGAGACAGCUGAUGACAUCCAGGAGCGCCGGCAUCAGGUGCUGGACCGGUACCGGCGCUUCCGGGACCUGUCGGUGGUUCGCCGCCAGAAGCUGGAGGACUCCUACCACUUCCAGUGCUUCCGGCGUGACGCCGACGAGCUGGAGAAGUGGAUCCAGGAGAAGCUGCAGGUCGCCUCCGAUGAGAACUACAAGGACCCUACCAACCUGCAGGGCAAGUUACAGAAGCACCAGGCCUUCGAAGCAGAGGUGCAGGCCAACUCAGGCGCCAUUGUCAGGCUGGAUGAGAUGGGCAACCAGAUGAUUAACGAGGGCCACUUUGCCUCUGAGACCAUCCGCACCCGCCUGGAGGAGCUACACCGGCUGUGGGAGCUGCUGCUGCUGAAGACCCAGGAGAAGGGCGAGAGGCUGAUGCAGGCGCAGAAGCUGGUGCAGUAUCUGCGGCAGUGUGACGAGACGCUGAGCUGGAUCAGCGACAAAGAGGCCAUCGUGACGUCGGAGGAACUGGGUCAGGACCUGGAGCACGUGGAGGUGCUGCAGAAGAAGUUUGAGGAGUUCCAGGCGGACCUGGCGGCCCAUGAGGAGCGGGUGAACGAGGUGAACGGGCUGGCCGCGAAGCUGGAGCAGGAGAACCACCCGGAGAUGGAGCUGAUCGCGCGGAAGAGGGAGGAGGUGAAUGUGGCCUGGCAGCGCCUCAAGGGCCUGGCCCAGCAGCGCCAGGGAAAGCUGUUCGGGGCGUCCGAGGUACAGAGGUUCAACAGGGACGUGGACGAGACCAUCAGUUGGAUCAGGGAGAAGGAGCAGCUGAUGGCAUCGGAUGACUUUGGGCGCGCCCUGGCCAGUGUGCAGGCCCUGCUGCGGAAACACGAGGGCCUGGAGAGGGACCUGGCCGCCCUGGAGGACAAGGUGAACACCCUAGGCGUCGAGGCAGAGCGUCUCCAGGAGACCCACCCCCAGAAUGCCACCCAGAUCCACCUGAAGAGGGACGAGCUCAUCACCAACUGGGAGCAGAUUCGCACCCUAGCAGCAGAGCGGCACGCUGGCCUCAACGACUCCUACAGGCUGCAGCGCUUCUUGGCAGACUUCCGUGACCUGACCAGCUGGGUGACUGAGAUGAAGGCUCUGAUCAACGCCGACGAGCUGGCCAACGACGUCGCCGGUGCGGAAGCUCUGCUGGACCGUCACCAGGAGCACAAGGGUGAGAUCGAUGCCCACGAGGACAGCUUCAAAGGCACGGAUGAGGCCGGCAACGCCCUGGUGAACACAGGACACUAUGCGUCUGAGGAUGUGAAGGAGAAGCUGGAAAUCCUGCGUGAGGAGCGGGAGGCCCUGCUGGAGCUGUGGGAGCUGCGCAGGCAGCAGUACGAGCAGUGCAUGGACCUGCAGCUCUUCUACAGGGACACCGAGCAGGUGGACAACUGGAUGAGCAAGCAGGAGGCCUUCCUUCUGAACGAGGACCUGGGUGACUCGCUGGACACCGUGGAGGCUCUGCUGAAGAAGCACGAGGACUUUGAGAAGUCACUCAGUGCCCAGGAGGAGAAGAUCACCGCCCUGGACGAAUUUGCCACCAAGCUGAUCCAGAACAAUCACUACUGCAAGAGCGACGUGGCUGCUCGCAGAGAUGCGCUGCUGAGCCGACGCAACGCCCUGCACGAGCGCGCUCAGUCGCGUCGUGCUGCGCUGGAGGAUGCCUUCUACCUGCAUCAGUUCUUCCGCGACUCAGAUGAGCUAAAGAGCUGGAUCAAUGAAAAGAUGAAGACUGCCACCGACGAGGCCUAUAAGGACCCCUCCAACUUGCAGGGGAAGGUGCAGAAACACCAGGCCUUCGAGGCCGAGCUGUCGGCCAAUCAGAGCCGCGUUGACGCCCUGCAGACAUCCGGGCGGCAGCUGAUCGACAGGCAGCACUACGCCUCUGGCGAGGUGUCUGUCCGCAUGGAGGAGGUCGGCACCAUGUGGAAGCAGCUACUGGAGGCUGCCGAGCUGAAAGGCAUCAAGCUCCGCGAGGCCAACCAGCAGCAGCAGUUCAAUCGCAACGUGGAGGACGUGGAGCUCUGGCUGUAUGAGGUUGAGGGCCACCUGGCCUCCGACGACUACGGCAAGGACUUGACAGGAGUGCAGAACCUGCAGAAGAGACAUGCGCUGCUGGAGACUGACGUGGCUGCCCACCAGGACCGCAUUGAUGGCAUCACUAUCCAGGCCCGCCAGUUCCAAGAGGCGGGUCACUUUGAUGCGGACAGCAUCCGCGAGAAGCAGGGGGCGCUGGUGGCUCGAUACGAGGCCCUGAAGGAGCCCAUGGCAACACGCAGGCAGAAGCUGGCCGACUCACUGUGUCUGCAACAGCUCUUCCGUGACAUAGAGGAUGAGGAGACCUGGAUUCGGGAGAAGGAACCAAUUGCUUCCUCCACCAACAGGGGUAAGGAUCUAAUUGGGGUCCAGAACCUGCUGAAGAAGCAUAAAGCUCUGCAGGCUGAGAUAACUGCACAUGAGCCCCGGAUCAAUGCCGUCAGCCAGAAGGGUCAGGCUGCGGUGGACAAUGGGCACUUCGCCAAGGAUGAAGUCCUCGCACGGCUGGAUGAGCUGGGCAGGCGCUGGGAGGGACUGAAGAGCAAGGCCACCCAGCGAUGCCAGGACCUGGAGGACUCGCUGCAGGCUCAGCAGUACUUCGCUGACGCCAACGAGGCAGAGUCCUGGAUGCGGGAGAAGGAGCCCAUCGUGGGGAGCAAUGAUUAUGGCAAGGAUGAAGACUCUGCUGAGGCUCUCCUGAAAAAGCAUGAAGCGCUGAUGUCAGACCUGAGCGCCUACAGGAGCAGCAUUGAGACCCUCAGGGAGGAGGCCGAGACGUGCAGGCAACAAGUAGCCCCCACAGAUGAUGAGACCGGGAAGGAGCUGGUGCUGGCCCUGUACGAUUACCAGGAGAAGAGCCCCCGCGAGGUCACCAUGAAGAAGGGCGACAUCCUCACCCUGCUGAACAGCUCCAACAAGGACUGGUGGAAGGUGGAGGUGAAUGACCGUCAGGGCUUCGUGCCGGCGGCUUACGUGAAGAAGCUGGACCCAACCCAGUCUUCAUCCCAGGAGAACCUCCUGGAGGAGCAAGGCAGCAUUGGCCUGCGGCAGGAGCAGAUUGAGAAUCAGUACGGUGCUCUACUGGAACUGGGGGAGAAUCGCAAGGACAAGCUGAUGAAAAGCUGCAAGAAGUUUAUGGUAUACCGCGAGGCUAGCGAGCUGCUGCAGUGGAUUGGAGAUAAGGAGGGUUCCCUCACCGGCCAGGAGGAGGCCUCUGACCUGGAGCAGGUGGAAGUGCUGCAGAAGAAGAUUGACGACUUCCAGAAGGACCUAAAGGCGAAUGAGUCCCGUCUAAAGGAAAUUAACAACGUGGCUUCAGAGCUGGAGGCUGAGGGCCUGAUGGUGGAGGAACCACAGCUCCUGCAGGCCCAGCAACAAGAGCUACUGGGCUCUGCCCCAGGAGCUGGAAAUGAUGAAACAGACAGAAAAAGUGCUUCCCCUUGGAAGUCUGUACGGUUGGCUGUGCAGACAGUGGCAAACUUUAAUGAUUUCAAGGAGAUGAAUGACCGCUGGAGGUCCCUUCAGCAGCUGGUGGAGGACCGGGCCAACCUGCUGGGCAGUGCCCAUGAGGUGCAGAGGUUCCACAGGGAUGCUGAUGAGACCAAGGAGUGGAUCGAGGAGAAGGACCAGGCCCUGAACACGGACAAUUAUGGGCACGACCUGGCCAGUGUGCAGGCGCUGCAGCGAAAACAUGAGGGCUUUGAGAGAGACCUGGCCGCCCUGGGAGACAAGGUGAACUCCCUGGAGGAAACAGCGGAGCGACUCAUCCAAGUGCACCCGGAGUCUAUGGACGACAUCCAUGAGAAGUGUGCCGAACUGAACGCUGCCUGGGGCAGCCUGGUGGACCGGGCCGACCAGCGCAAGGAGAAGCUGGGCAGCUCCCACGACCUGCAGCGCUUCCUCAGCGACUUCAGGGAUCUCCAGUCCUGGAUCAACGGCAUCCGUGGGCUGGUGUCCUCGGAGGAGCUGGCCAAGGAUGUAACUGGAGCUGAGGCCCUGUUGGAGAGGCAUCAGGAGCACCGCACGGAAAUCGACGCCCGCGCCGGGACUUUCCAGGCCUUCGAGCAGUUCGGGAAGCAGCUGCUGGAACGCGGCCACUACGCCAGCCCCGAGAUUCAGGAGAAGAUGGCGACGCUGGAGCGUGAGCGGGCCGACCUGGAGAAGGCCUGGGUGCAGAGGCGCAUGGUGCUCGACCAGUGCCUGGAGCUGCAGCUCUUCAACCGUGACUGCGAGCAGGCAGAGACGUGGAUGGCCGCACGGGAGGCCUUCCUGGCCGGCGACGACAAAGGCGACUCCCUGGACAGCGUGGAGGCGCUCAUCAAGAAGCACGAGGACUUUGACAAAGCCAUCAACGUGCAGGAGGAAAAGAUCGCCGCCCUGCAGUCCUUUGCGGAGCAGCUCAUCGUGGCUGACCACUACGCCAAGCCAGAGAUCUCCAGGCGUCGCGACAGCGUCCUGGACCGGUGGCUCCGUCUGAAGGCCCAGAUGAUCGAGAAGCGCUCCAAGCUGGGCGAGUCGCAGACCCUGCAGCAGUUCAGCCGCGAUGUGGACGAGAUCGAGGCCUGGAUCAGCGAGAAGCUGCAGACCGCCAUGGAUGAGUCCUACAAGGACCCCACCAACAUCCAGCUGUCGAAACUGCUGAGCAAACACCAGAAGCACCAGGCCUUCGAGGCGGAGCUGCACGCCAACGCCGACCGCAUCCGCGGCGUGAUUGACAUGGGCAACUCGCUCAUCAACCGGGGGGCCUGUGCUGGGAGCGAGGACGCCGUCAAGGCCCGACUCAACACCCUGGAUGACCAGUGGAAGUUCCUGGUGAGCAAAUCAUCAGAGAAGAGCCAGAAACUGAAGGAGGCCAACAAGCAGCAGAACUUCAAUACAGGCAUCAAGGACUUUGACUUCUGGCUGUCUGAGGUCGAGGCUCUACUUGCCUCUGAGGAUUAUGGGAAAGACUUGGCCUCUGUGAACAACCUACUGAAGAAGCACCAGCUUCUGGAAGCUGACAUCUCUGCCCAUGAGGACCGUCUGAAGGACCUGAACAGCCAGGCUGACAGCCUGAUGUCCAGCCAGGCCUUCGACACCUCGCUGGUCCGGGACAAGCGAGAUGCUGUCAAUGGCCGCUUCACCAAGAUCAAGAGCAUGGCGGCCGGGCGCCGCGCCAAGCUCAACGAGUCACACCGCCUGCACCAGUUCUUCAGGGACCUGGAUGACGAAGAGUCUUGGAUUAAAGAGAAGAAGCUACUAGUCAGUUCGGAGGGUUACGGACGUGACUUGACGGGAGUGCAGAAUUUGAGAAAGAAGCACAAGAGGCUGGAGGCUGAGCUGGUAGCACAUGACCCAGCAAUACAGUCUGUGCUGGAGACCGGGAAGAAGCUGUCUGAGGAUGACACCAUGGGGCUGGAGGAGAUCCAGCAGAGGCUGGCCCAGUUUGUGGAGCACUGGAUGGAGCUGAAGGAGCUGGCAGCUGCACGAGGGCAGAGGCUGGAGGAGUCGCUGGAAUACCAGCAGUUUGUGGCGAACGUGGAGGAAGAGGAGGCCUGGAUUAAUGAGAAACUGAAUCUAGUGGCGAGUGAGGACUAUGGAGACACGCUGGCGGCAGUGCAGGGAUUACUGAAGAAGCACGAGGCGUUUGAGACGGACUUCACGGUACACAGGGACCGGGUGAAUGAUGUGUGUCUGAACGGCGAGGAGCUCAUUAAGAAGGACAAUCACCAUGCUGAAAACAUCAGCACAAAAGUGAAGGCGCUGCAGGGGAAGGUGUCUGAGCUGGAAAGAGCAGCCGCACAGAGGAAAGUCAAGCUGGACGAGAACUCUGCUUUCCUGCAGUUCAACUGGAAGGCCGAUGUGGUGGAAUCCUGGAUCGGUGAGAAAGAGAAGAGCCUGAAGACAGACGAUUAUGGCCGUGAUCUCUCCUCUGUGCAGACGCUCCUCACUAAGCAGGAGACGUUUGAUGCCGGUCUGCAGGCCUUCCAGCAGGAGGGCAUCUCCAACAUCACCAUGCUCAAGGACCAGCUGUUGGCGGCCGAGCACGUGCAGUCUCGCGCCAUCGAGGCCCGUCAUGCCGCACUCAUGAAGCGCUGGAACCAGCUGCUGGCCGACUCCGGUGACCGCAAUAAGAGACUGAUGGAUGCUCAGGAGCACUUCCGGAGGGUUGAAGACCUCUUCCUGACCUUCGCCAAGAAGGCAUCAGCCUUUAACAGUUGGUUUGAAAAUGCCGAGGAGGACCUGACUGACCCGGUGCGCUGCAACUCUCUGGAAGAAAUCCGAGCUCUGCGUGACGCCCACGAGGCCUUCCGAUCCUCGCUCAGCUCCGCCGAGGCCGACUUCAACCAGCUGGCUGAACUGGACAAGCAGAUCAAGAGCUACCAGGUGGUGUCCAACCCCUACACCUGGUUUACCAUGGAGGCCCUGGAGGAGACCUGGAGGAACCUGCAGAAGAUUAUCAAGGAGCGAGAGCUGGAGCUGCAGAAGGAGCAGCGGCGGCAGGAGGAGAAUGACAAACUGCGGCAGGAGUUCGCACAGCACGCCAACGCCUUCCACCAGUGGCUGCAGGAGACCCGGACAUAUCUUCUGGAUGGCAUAGCCUAUCGCCGGGUUAUCCGUGUCUAUCAGUACGAAGUCGAUGAUGACCUUUCCGGAAGGUCUUGCAUGGUGGAAGAAUCAGGAACACUUGAAUCCCAGUUGGAGGCGACUAAGCGCAAGCACCAGGAGAUCCGAGCCAUGCGCAGCCAGCUGAAGAAGAUCGAGGACCUUGGGGCAGCCAUGGAGGAGGCCCUGAUCCUGGACAACAAGUACACAGAGCACAGCACGGUGGGGCUGGCGCAGCAGUGGGACCAACUGGACCAGCUGGGCAUGAGGAUGCAACACAACUUGGAGCAGCAGAUCCAGGCCAGGAACACCACAGGUGUGACGGAGGAAGCCCUGAAGGAGUUCAGCAUGAUGUUCAAGCAUUUCGACAAGGACAAGUUUGGCCGCCUGAACCACCAGGAGUUCAAGUCCUGCCUACGUUCGCUGGGCUACGACCUGCCCAUGGUGGAGGAGGGGGAGGUCGACCACGAGUUUGAGUCCAUACUAAAUGUGGUGGACCCCAACAGGGAUGGCUACGUCUCCCUGCAGGAGUACAUGGCCUUCAUGAUCAGCCGUGAGACUGAGAACGUCAAGUCCAGCGAGGAGAUUGAGAGCGCGUUCCGGGCCCUCAGUACCGAGAACAAGCCUUACGUCACCAAGGAGGAGCUCUACCAGAACCUGACCAAGGAGCAGGCAGACUAUUGCGUGUCACAUAUGAAGCCCUACAUGGACAGCAAGGGCCGCGAGCUGCCCUCAGCCUACGACUUCGUGGAGUUCACGCGCUCUCUCUUCGUCAACUGACCUUACGCCCCCACUAGCCAGUGACCAAUCAGGAGCCAUUAGCUAAGCUGCAUGACCAGGCUCUUUAUAGGUCCAUGUCUCUGCCUGUCUUCUGAUAGCAUUCGAGUUGUUUCCUAUGCUUUGGCUAUCUUAGCUGUUGAGGUGUGGUGAUUUACCUUACUAACGCAUUGUGCUUCAAUAAACGCUACCGAUUCUAACUGGAAA